AUGUGGGAGUUCAGGUCCAUGUCCUUCUGGCGGGCGGUGUUCGCCGAGUUCUACGGCACCAUGUUCUUUGUAUUCUUUGGGCUGGGGGCAGCCCUCCGCUGGACCACUGGGCCCCAUAAUGUCCUCCACGUUGCCUUUUGCUUUGGACUGGCGGCUGCCACCCUCAUCCAGUCCAUCGGCCACAUCAGCGGAGGACACAUCAACCCAGCUGUUACCUUUGCCUACCUGAUUGGCUCCCAGAUGUCCCUGUUCCGCGCUUUCUUCUACAUCAUGGCCCAGUGUCUGGGAGCCAUGGCUGGUGCCGCAGUGCUCUACGGGGUCACACCCAGCAACAUGAGGGGAAACCUUGCACUCAACACGCUGCAGCCGGGCAUCAGCCUGGGCAUGGCCACCACCAUGGAGGUCUUCCUCACCCUGCAGCUCGUCGUCUGCAUCUUCGCUGUGACUGAUGAGAGGCGCAACGGGCGCCUGGGCUCUGCUGCCCUGGCCAUCGGCUUCUCUGUGCUCAUGGGGCAUCUUCUUGGGAUGUACUACACUGGAGCAGGAAUGAACCCAGCCAGGUCCUUCGCCCCUGCUGUCCUGGUCAGGAAUUUUGUCAACCACUGGGUGUACUGGGUGGGACCCAUGAUUGGUGGUGCCAUGGGCGCUCUCCUGUACGACUUCAUGCUGUUCCCCCGUAUGCGCGGCCUUUCCGAGAGGCUCGCCACACUGAAGGGCACCAGGCCCCCAGAGGCCGAGGGCCAGCAGGAGACCAGGGGAGAGCCCAUCGAGCUCAAGACACAGGCCCUAUAAGCCUGGAGAAGAAGAUUGGCUUUCUGACCCCCAUCCCUCAUCCCCCCC